UUCACAGGGAUUAAAAAAACAGGACCCUCGUGUGCAAACACCAGCUUCUGUAUGUGGAGUGAAAAUACUGUUUCUGUGGUUGGUGAUAAAUUCUUAGUUUUCUUUUAGGAGUUUGGUUCAACCGGCAGUUGAAAAGAUGGAGGACGUGAACGUUAUCAAACUGCCUGUGACGGAGGAGAGAGGACCGAAGAAGAGAGCUCGACCGCCCACGUUUGACCCAGAAAAAGAAGAAGAAAAACGGCAGAAGAACGUGAGGAGUCUGGCGGUGCUGGGACAGAAGGACAGCUCGGUGAAACUGCUGGAGGAGCUGGUGUUCGGGGCGGAGGACGAGCUGGUGGAGAGACUGGUGGAGGAUGAUGAGACGCUGUUGGAGGACGAGGUCCAGGAGUCCGGUGAAUCAGAGGAUGAGAACGAGGCUCGUCUGCAGCUCCGACCAUCCAGAAAAGCCGCCUGGGUGGAUGAGGAUGACGAGCUGGAGGAAGAGGUGGACAUGAAGCAUCGUUUCCGCAGAGACCUGAUCAGAGGUGAGGCCGAGUCCACCAUGUCCAAACAGAAACUACAGCAGAGGAUGAGGGAGCAGUUUCAGAAGUCGAUGGGAGGAGCUCCGUCCUGGGCAGAGACCAGCGUCAAGAAGAAGAAAGCUGCUGCUGCUGAUGAAGAGGAGGAGGAGGAGGAGGAGGAGGAGGAGGAUGACCUAUUGAGGAGGACGGGAAACUUUGUGGCGUCUUCAGACAGUCUGCCCAGCGGCAUCCUGAGGAUGAAGAAGUGUCUUCACGCCAACAGCGCUCGUCCAUCAGAGGACAGACUGACCACCAUCCAGUUCCACCCCUCCGCUCAGGUCGUCAUGACGGCUGGCCUAGACCAAUCAGUCUCCCUCUUUCAGGUGGACGGGAAGACCAACCCGAAGAUCCAGAGCAUCCACCUGGAACGAUUCCCCGUCCACAAGGCUCAGUUCAGCCUGGACGGGGAGAUGGUGAUCGCCACCAGCCUGAGGAACAAGAUGUUCUACCUGUACGACAUGAUGGAGGGCAGAGUCGCACCUGUUCACUCAGUCAGAGGUCUGAAUGAAGUCAGAGUGAAGGAGUUCUCAGUUUGUCCUGAAGGAGGCGCUCUGCUGCUCACUGGGACCGGCGGAUACCUGCACCUGCUCACACUCAAGACUAAGGAGGUGGUUCGCAGUAUGAAGAUCAACGGUAACGUCAGCGGAGUCGCCUUCUCCCACGACGGAGGCAAAGUCUUCGUCAACUCAGAGGAGGGGGAGGUGUAUGUGUGGGACAUGCGCAGCAGUCGGUGUAUGAACAGGUUUACAGAUGAUGGCUGUGUGAGGGGGACGUCCAUCGCAGCCUCGCGUAACGGACAGUACCUGGCCUGCGGGUCUCAGUCCGGCGUGGUCAACAUCUACUCUCAGGAGGCGUGUCUAAAUUUGGCCAAUCCGAAGCCUCUGAAAGCGGUGAUGAACCUUCUGACCUCAGCAACCUCCAUGACCUUUAACCCCACUUCUGAGAUCCUUGCCAUCGCCUCCCGAGUCGAGGACGAGGCCGUACGGCUGGUCCACCUGCCCAGCCUCAGCGUCUUCUCCAACUUUCCCGUCUCUAAGAAGAAGAUAGUUUAUCGAGCUGGCUGCCUCGACUUCUCUCCACACAGCGGCUUCUUCUCAUUGGCUAACAACAAAGGACACGCCCCUCUCUUCAGGCUGCUGCAUUACAAAGACUUCUGAGGAGAAGCUGUGACGGUCCAGUCCUAACGGCUCAGGUCCGUCAUGUUUUACCUGUGAACUGAACGCCUGCACACGUUUUUCCAAGUGAUCACGUGAAACGAUGAUCAAUCGAAAACCUGAUCAAUGAUUUGGAAAAUGAUCAGCAGGAACCAGGCAGUUAAUAAGGCUAAAACCUGAAAAAUCCCUAUGAAGUUUGGCGUGGACGCUGCAGACGGACGUCUGUCCCAUGUCUCUGAUGGGACGGAGACAUGGUUUGUGGAAGAGAGUGAAAAAUCUCUGCAGCAGAACUGAGAGUAAAGAGUUGGAUCGACCAGCGGCAGAUGAACGAGUCUGUCCACGUUUGCUUUGUAUCGUUUGUAUAAAAGAAGUGAAACAGUC